AUGGGAUGCACGGACAGAGAACGCCUGGCCUGCGUGACUUAUCAGCUGACAGGACCCGCUGACUUUUGGUGGGAAACAAAGAAGAGAACCAUGGACCCCGCUCGCCGUGAGGCGCUUACUUGGGAGGAUUUUAAGGAAGAGGUGUACAACAAGUAUGUUCUGGAAAGUUAUCGGCGGGCGAAGGUAGUGGAGUUCCACACGUUGAAGCAAGGAAGUAUGACGGUCACAGAGUACGACCGCGCCCUAUGUGAGAUGACUUGCUAUGCGCCAGAAUUGGUGGAUACAGACGAGAAGAUGGCUGCGAAGUUCCGUUCCGACCUUAGGACAGAGAUAAGGGUCGCAGUGGCUAGUCGGAGGGGAAUUCCUUAUUCCGAGAAUCAUGGGCGCCAAAUUGUGUCACAGCAGAGGGGAAACCCACAGAGAACACCCUACUGUAAUCGGUGCUCCAAGCAUCAUGUUGGGGAGUGCCGAGUUGGAGGCAUUCGGUGUUAUGCCUGCGGUGGAAACGGGCACAUGUCUCGAGAGUGCCCAAACAACAACAAAGGUGGAGUGAAGAACGGGCAAGGACAGAGACCACCACAGCAGCCUCAACCAAUCCGGCAAGUGGCCCCACAACCAGCAAGGGCAUAUGCACUCAAAGGGAAUCAAGGGUAG